CAGUGCUAAAUCAAGCUGGAAAAGUUGGAUCAGCUUCAGGUCAUCUGUUUCUUGCGGCUACAUAAGAUAGUCAAUGUAUGGAUACGCUUAUCAUUAUAUUCAUUCAUUCAGAGGAAAAUGGGGAUUCAGAAGGAAGAGACAGUAAAUAAGAUGUACUGUUUAUGUUGAGCACCGGAUCUUGUUACAUUAACUGUAAGUCUGUAACACUAAACCUUGCAAUUCGAUGUAUAUCAAGACAUCCCAGGUUGAGGCCAGACAUGAAUCAGGUGACAGAAAUGUUGGAAAAACUCUGGUCCUCUACUGAAAGGUUACUGCCCCAUAUUGAAGAACUGGAGCUCCAGCACUCAGCUGUGUAAUCAGAAGUAUUGACUUGUGACUGAGACUAUGGGGCUCCGGACAAGCGUGAAGGGGUACCUUAUAGCGCAACGCCUCAAUUUGGCCACAGACCCAUUGUCGGAAAAUGAGACCAUCAGCAACAAUGUCACAGCUCCCCUAGAUCCACCUUCGCUGUCAGUUGAGGAGAUGACAAUGGAUUCAGGUACAUAUGGGCUCGGUAUCUGUGGUGGUAACAUUCCUUGCUUCCCAAUGUUGAACUCUGCAAAGAGCAUGGCUUCAUACAUGACUAGAACCAGAGCUGAGAGUCCCCCUCCCCAAGGAGGGAAUUUGAAUAGCAACACACCGUCUGUGUCGGUGCCUUCAUCUCCUCAGACAGAGGGUGAGAUCUUGCAGUCCUUCAACUUGAAGAGCUUCCACUAUAAUGAACUGAAAACAGCCACCUGUAAUUUUCGUUCUGAUAGACUUCUGGGUGAUGAUGGUUUUGGUUCUGCCUAUAAGGGGUGGAUUGAUGAGCAUUCGUUUGCAGCUGCCAAGCCUGGUACUGGCAUGGCCGUUGCAAUAACGAGGCUUAACCAACAAAGGACCCUGCGGAGUCACGAGGAAUGCAUGACACAAGUUAAGUACUUUGGACAGCUGGUUCACCCAAAUAUUGUAAAACUGAUUGGUUACUGCCGGGAGGAUGACAGACAGCUUCUGGUGUACGAAUGUAUGCCUAAUGGCAGUUUGGAAAGGCAUCUGUCUGGAGCUCAACCACUUUCAUGGAUCCUGCUUAUGAAGAUUGCAGUUGGUGCUGCUAAGGGUCUAGCAUUUCUUCAUAGUAAUGAGGCACACGUGAUAUAUGGGGACUUUAAUUCUUCAAAAAUCUUACUUGAUUUAAACUAUAAUGCGAAACUCUAUGGCUAUGGUUAUAGGCAUGCCGCACAUGAUUUUCAAUUAUACGAGGCUCCUUGGCAUGGACCUCCUGGGUUGGAGUAUGUAGCUCCUGAGCUUAUAUCUUUUUUUCAUGAGGAUCCUGAUGAUGGUCAUUUAACCCCCAAAAGUGAUGUGUAUAGUUUUGGGAUUGUUAUGCUUGAAAUGUUGUCUGGAAGAAGAGCUUUGGACAAGAAUCGGCCUGCAGGUGAACAGAACUUAGCUGAAUGGGCCAAACCUUACCUUGCCAACAAACGCAGAGUCCGCCAAAUUUUAGAUCCUCGUAUGGAAGGCCAGUUCUCUGUGGCUAAUGCUCGUAAAGCAGUUGACCUUGCAUUUCAAUGCUUAUCAAGAGAUCCCGAGCUUAGGCCAAACACGAAUGAGGUGGUAACAACAUUGGAACAGCUUCAGGAACCGGAUGAACCUUGCCAAAAUCUUCAUGCCAGUUCAAGUAAUGGUCCCCAAAAUCGAAGGAGAAGUAUGAACAGAACCAGCAACGCUAGAACUGCUCCUCUACACAGGCCAUCUGCUUCUCGCUGAAAUACGUAAGAGAUACAUGCAUGGUUUAUUAUUACUUUCAUUUGAUUCAAAGCAAAAGGGUAUUUCAUGCCAUAAAAGGAGGGGAGAGAGGGACAGAAGGAGGAGAAUCAUGAGGGCACAUAUAUAUUGAACACUGUAAUCUUGUAAUGAAUGUGUGCUACGAAAUCGGUUAUUGUACAGCUUUUGUUCUGUGAAUGUCUCAUCAUUACUUUUCUCUG